UUUCCAGGUUUCCUUCACAUAGCUAUGUUCCUUAAAAGACCUCCCAGAAGAUUGAAUAUUUGUUAUUUUUAAUUUAUAAUUAAUAAAAUUUACAAAUCAUAAUAAACUUAUUAUAUUAUUAAAUAAUAUAAUUUUAUCUCCUUUUAGCCAAAAGAAAUAAUAACAGAUGAUUUCCUUUUCCCAAUGACUUCCCGUCUCAGUUAUGCUUCUUCACCUGAAAGUGACCUAGAUUUUAAUGUAGAUAAUAGAUCAAUAAGUUAUCAAGAUCAAAUUUUAUCAAAAUUUUCCUGUGAUAGUUUUAUGGUUAAAGCAUCUAGUGAUCCAAGUAUAGCUGCCAAAGAAAACAUUGACCAAUUGGAUAAUUAUAAUAGUCCACCUUCUUAUACACUUUCCAAACCGAAAUCUCUUCCAUUAUUUUUCUGUUGGGGUCAGAAUUCUUCUCAAUCUCCAAAAAUGAGUGAAUCGAAAGAUGUUUUAUCCAGUAAUCACAAUUCAA